AUGUCAAAGUCUAGAGUGACACCAAUGAAGCCUAUAGCUGUUACUAGGUUAGAACUAACAGCUGCAGUAGUAGCCGUUCGAAUUAGUUUUAUGUUAAAGAAAGAGUUACGUUACCAGGAAAUAAAGGAAUUCUUUUGGACUGAUAGCAAAGUCGUACUUAGCUACAUUUCAAACGAAGCAAAGAGAUUCCACGUGUUUGUUGCUAACCGAGUGGAGCUUAUUAAAGACCACUCCUCUACGGAACAAUGGAAAUUUAUUGAGUCAGCUCAAAAUCCUGCUGAUCCCACUUCACGAGGAUUAUAUGUAAAGGAACUGAUUGAACAUUCUCUAUGGUGGAACGGACCAAAAUUCCUCUGGGAACCUGACUAUGAUGCUAAGCUACCAUUUGUAAAUGUUCAAGAAAAGGAUUCAGAGGUCAAGAAAAUUUCGUCAUAUAAAAUCCAAACCAAAAAGAACACUUCUAUUCUUCCAAGACUUGAAUAUUUUUCUGAUUGGCACAGGGCAAAGAAGGCUGUUGCACUAUGUUUACGCCUUCAGCGUAGAUUCGAGAAACCUGGGAGAACAGUCAAGAAAGAACUGACUAAAAACAAAGAAUCCAAGUACACUCCACCUAGUGUAACAGAACUUGUGGAAGCUGAAAGUGAAAUCAUAAGACAAGUCCAAGCUGAAGCUUUCCAAAAGGUGAAACAAGAUUUACAGUGUGCAAACAACGACAAUGAAGAUACCAGUAAAAGAAACUAA